AUGGAGCCGAGGGCGGGUGUUUCCAAACACGACAUUCGUGAGCAGAUUUGGGACUACAUGGAGGCACGAAAUUUAGCUGAUUUUCCCCGGCCUGUUCAUCACAGGAUUCCCAACUUCAAGGGUGCUUCUCGGGCCACUGAGCAUUUCCCACGUUUGCAGGCGUUCAAAACGGCCAGAACCAUUAAAGUCAACCCUGACGCACCCCAGAAAAAUGCCUGCUUCUUCGUCCUCAACAUAAGUGCACCUCUGUCUAGCAAAAAAACAUUGUUGGUUCCAACACCACGACUGAGAACGGGGUUGUUUAAUAAGAUCACACCACCCCCCGGGGCAACUAAAGACAUCUUGAGAAAAUGUGCCACCUCUCAGGGCGUGAGGAACUACAGCACUCCCGUGGGCUUGGAUUCCAGGGUCCUUGUGGACUUAGUGGUGGUGGGGUCCGUGGCUGUUUCUGAAAAAGGCUGGAGAAUUGGGAAGGGAGAAGGCUAUGCCGACCUUGAAUACGCCAUGAUGGUGUCGAUGGGAGCGGUCAGCCAGGGGACGCCAGUGGUCACCAUCGUCCACGACUGCCAGGUUGUCGACAUACCUGAAACACUCCUUGAGGAUCACGACCUCACCGUGGACUAUAUUCUCACUCCAACUCGAGUCAUCACCACGGGGUGUGAGCGCCCCAAGCCAACAGGAAUCGUGUGGUCCAAGAUCAGCUGUGAGAUGAUGGGGAAAAUGCCAGUCCUCAGAAGCCUGCGCUGCCGAGAGGAGCAGGCCGGGAAGGACGUCACCCUCCGGGAUAAACACCGGAGCCUUCCGGGUGCCCGGGCCACCCUGAGCACCGUCAGAAGCCCGCGGGAGCUGCCCUCGCUGGAAUCGGGCUCCUUGCAGGGGGAGCAUGUGCCUUCCAGCACUGUUUACGUUGGGAACCUCCCCCGGGACGCCCGGGUGAGUGAGCUGAAGCGAGCCCUCAGCGCACGGGGCGCGGCGCCCUCACAGCUCACUUGGCAGGGGCCGCAGCGCGGGGCCUUCCUCCACUACCGGGACCCGGACGAGGCCUGGCAGGCCAUCUCCCGCUUGCAGGGCUUCUGCCUGGGCGCCAACACAGCGAGGGUGGCGCUGGCCAGGCAUCAGGGGGCCAGUGGCCCGGCGGGCGGCCGCGCUGGAGAGCCGCACCCUGACCCGUGA